AUGAGCGGAUUGAGUCAAAGUGCGAAACAACGCAUCGACGCACUUCAGCAGCAGCAGCAGCAGCAGCAGCAGCAGUCGCAACGGCAGCAGCACCAGUCGCAAGGAGGAGCAGCGGGACGAGCGAGUGGCAGCGGAGGCAGUGCUGCUGCAGCGUCAUCAGCGUCGACCGUCCCGCCGGCGUCCAACCCAGGGUGGGUGUUUGGAUCGUUCACGCAGCCCGGUAGCGGUGGCGGCGGCGGCGGUGGUCGUGGCGGCGGCGGCGGCGGCUACGGCUACGACCAGGACGACGAAGACGAGGACGACUUUGACCUGCUCGAGCAGCAGCGUCUGCGCUCGCUCAACAGCACGGGCAGCCUCGGCUCUGGCAUUGGCGGGACGGGUGCUGGUGCUGCUGGCGGCGUUGGUGCCGUUGGCGAUGACAACGACGCAGAGUACCUGCGCUUCAACAACAAGGACGCCGUCAUCUUUGCCAUCGACUGCUCCGACGCCAUGUUUGAAACGCUCGACAACGACGAGGUACCAUUCACCAUCUCGGCACUCUGCGCCAAGAACGUGCUCUCCAACAAGAUCAUCUCGAGCGACCACGACUUGAUUGGCGUCGUCCUGUUCAACACCAAGGAAAACAACAACAAGAACAAGUUCAAGCACGUCUAUGUGCUGCAGCCGCUGGACACGCCGGACGUGCGCCGCAUUGUCGAGCUGGAGGACUUGGUCGCAGACCCGGCGUUCGACGGCUUCAACCGCAAGAUUGGCCACUCGAGCUCGGCGUCCAUUCACGAUGUGCUGUGGACUUGCUUCAACAUGUUUUCGGACUGCGCCACCAAGGUCGGCUCAAAGCGCAUCCUCAUCUUUACCAACGAGGACGAUCCGCACGAGCACGACGCCGGCCUGCGGCGCCAGGCCGUCAUCAAGGCCAAGGACUUGUACCAGCUGUUCGUCACCAUUGAGCUCUUGCCGCUCGGGACCAAGAAGACGGGCGAGCGCUUUGACAUGUCCAAGUUCUACAAGGACAUUGUGCUCGAGGACUUGGACGACGAGCUUGGCCCGACCGAUGCUGGCUUGGACACUGCCCGGCCCGACCCCUCGCAAAGCUUGAGCUCGCUCAUGGACAAGAUGCGCCGCAAGACAUUCAAGAAGCGUGCGCUCAUGAAGAUUCCCUUCGUGCUCGGCGACGACGUCCAGCUCGGCGUUCGUGUCUACAACCUGUGCUCGGAAACCAAGAAGGGCUCGCACGUCUGGCUCCACGCGCAAACCAACAAGGAGAUCAAGACAGUGUCCAAGAUGGUGUGCCAGGACACGGCGUCGCUGCUCAUGGCCUCGGAUAUCAAAAACUACUUUCCGUACGGCGGCGAGAAGGUCAUUUUCGACCCGACCGAAGUGCGCGAAAUUCGUCGCUUUGGCCAGCCCGGCCUCGUGCUGAUGGGAUUCAAGCCGACCGAUGCUGUCAAGCUGCACUACAAUGUCAAGACGGCCAACUUUAUCUACCCCGACGAGACUGUCGUGAUGGGCAGCACGCUGCUCUUCCACGCCCUGCUCAUGCGUCUCGCCGACCAGGACAAGGUUGCCAUCUGCCGCUUCAUCCCUCGCAUCAACGCCACUCCUCGCUUUGUCGCGCUCGUUCCCCAGCUCGAAGUCUUUGACGCCAACCACGUUCAGCUCCAGCCCCCAGGCUUCCAUGUGAUUUACCUUCCGUUCGCCGACGACUUGCGUUCGCUGCAGUAUGAGGAGAACGAGAUGUGUGGAAAGUCGCUCAUUGUCACGGCGUCAGAUAUCAUCAAAAAGCUCACAUUUUCCUUUUCGCCAUGGGACUUUGAAAACCCGAACUUGCAAAAACACUACCGAAAUUUGGAAGCGCUUGCGCUCGGGCGGGAUGUGGCAGACGACUUUGAGGACAAUGUUCAGCCCGACUUGGACGGCAUGGAAAAGCAGGCCGGUGUGCUGUUUGCGAAAUUCCGCGAUGAAGCCUUUCCGCCAGACUACAAUCCUGACACGGCUGGCACCAAACCUCGGCCAAAACGAAGGGCUGAAGGCGAUCCGCCGCCAGUCAAGCGUGUUCGACUCGAAGAUGGCGAAAAGCCCGAUGUGGAAAAGUUUUACAAGGAUGGCAUGCUCGAAUCCUUGACCAUCCCCAUGCUGAAAGAGUAUUUGAAGAAAAAAGGCCGAUUUGGUUGCAGCCGUUCAAAAGCAUUUGUCGCCGCGAGGUUGAUCGCACUUUUUGUUUCGUUUUGGUUCCUCGAACAGGAAGAAGCGUGUGGUGGUUGUCAGAUUCCGAACAUUUUCAAUACACGAUGAGUUUUGCCAG